GACUGCCAAUUCUAGGCAACUGUGUCCAGUGUUUAUUCAAGUGUUUCCUGCUCCCCAGCCAGAAACAAAUCAUCUUCUUCAGCCUCACUCAAGUGGCCUUUUACGGUCUCAUGACUCUAGGCUAGGAUGCUUGGUCUACCACACCCAUCGUCCCUGAGUGUGAUGGCUGAGCUGAUGAGACACAUCUAGUGGGCACCAAGUUGGGGAAGGCUGCUGCAGCACUUUUUCCAAGCAACUGUACAUGGUUAGGAAUGGAAUGUGUCUAUUCAGUGCUGCAAACGGUUGCUACUAUUCGAGGCAGCAAAUCCUCUUGCAAAUCAGUAUUAAUGGCUCAUAAGAACAGAAAAGGCUGAUUUAUUUACUUAUUAAAUUGCCAAGAUGCCCAGUGAGAGGCUGCAAAGUAACAGUGGGGUGGAGGAGCCAGUGCUAAAGGAAACCAAGGGUGAGAUGCAGAGCCCUCACCGCAACUCCCUACGCAGGGCUGUGGCAACUGCAGUGACUUUCGAUGGGGAAGCCACCACUGAGAGAAGGAAAAAAAGAAAGAAAGAAUCACGUCCAGAAUCAAUCAUUGUUUAUCGGUCGGGGAAUGAGACCAAGGUGGAAGAAGAACAGGUGGAGGAUGAUGGCGGUGAGAGGAGUUCAGAAGAAGGCUCCAAGUUCUUGGGACCCCCCACUGGAGAUGGUUCCUGGGCAAUGCCUCUAGAUAGCAGGUAUGUUACUUUAACUGGAACCAUCACAAGGGGAAAAAAGAAAGGCCAGAUGGUGGAUAUUCACGUGACACUCACGGACAAAGAGCUUCAGGAGCUGGCUAGGUCAAAAGAGCCUCCAAAACCAGAAACUCCUGAAGGGAAAAGGGCUUGUGAAGUUGGGCUGGAUAAGGGCCCCCAUGUCCUCCUCUGGAGCCUUGCCUGUCUCCCCAUCAUCUUUGUCAUGUCCUUUGUGGUUUCCUUUUACUAUGGCACCAUCACUUGGUACAAUGUCUUCUUGGUGUACAAUGAAGAGAGGACCUUUUGGCACAAGAUCACCUUCUGCCCUUUUCUAAUUAUUUUCUACCCGAUCAUAAUCAUGGUGGUCUCCUUCUCUUUGGGCCUCUACACUGCAGUGACUCAGCUCUCCUGGGCCUUUGGGCACUGGUGGCAUGCUGUCAGGGAUAUGGAGAAAGGAUUCUGUGGCUGGCUCUGUAGCAAGAUAGGCCUCGAAGACUGUUCCCCAUACAGCAUCGUUGAGCUACUAGAUUCUGACAAUGUCUCAGGUAGCCUGUCUGCUAAAGGCUCAGCACAGGGUGAAGAGAUUUCAGCUGUCUGAGCUUUUGCUUCAAGUGACUCUGACACUCCAUAUUUAUAAGAAAAGAACUUACGGUGGUUUCAGGAAGCAGGCACAUCCUCUCAGAGUGAGGGGCUAAACUGUUGAAGCCAAACAUUCAGAAAAAACCACUUGGGGCAGUGCUUCCUGGAUGGUACUACUUUAAAAUGAAAGGAUGAUCACAAAUGUAAAUGCUUUCUUCUCAUCAAAAACUAACUCUUUGUGGAAAGCUAUCACAUUCAGGAGACAGAUUCUCCCCGAGCUCUAUUGUUGCCUUGCAGUUAUCCCAUAUGAUGUGAUACAAAGCUGUAGUUUAUACUAGUUCAGGAUGUUAGUGAUGGUUGCAUUUCUGAAUGAUGAAACAACUCACUGCACAUACAAAAGUAAUAUGUAAUUGAAAAGUCUGUGCAGGAUUUGUUUCCAAUUAUAACAUUCAAACACUCAGCCUACCCGCCAUCUGAUGUGGUUCAGUCCAAGAGUAGCUUUACCACUUGAUUUUGCUGAUUGCAUAAAAGGGUCCUUUGAGUCUUAAAUGAAAUUAAACAAGAUGUGCUAGGUAAGAAUCAACCAUUUCUUGUAAGAUGAAUAUGUAUGGCCGGUUCAUAAUACUCCUGGUCUGAUCAAUGACUCUUGUUCAGUUUUAUUAAAGCACAUUGUUUAGUGACAACCCCCACCUGUUUUAUUGGGGUUACUCACUUGGGAAUGGAAAGAGUACAUGCGCUCCAAAGCUUCCUGCAUUGCAAAAUGGAUCUUCUAACAUACACACACUAAUGCAGUCUUGCAUCUAACAUUUGCCAUGUACUUGUACUGAAAAUCAGAAGCUGCCAGGUGCAGAGAGCAGCAAUCUGAGAUUUGUUUACUUGAGAGUAAACUCUAUUAAAACAGGACCAAAUGCAAUAACCUGUAGCCUAUGGAGAUACAGGUGCUGUGCCCAGGUUAUGUCCAAUGCUGUCCUACUGCCAGCAAAAGAAACACCCUUUGACUGGUGCCUCAAAUGUUCCCUCCCUCCAGCAGCCUUCAAAGGUUCCCCAUAUCUGCUGAGAGGUUUGGAAAAUCCUUUGGCGCAAGGCUGGUGGGCUGCAGAAGGGAAGAGAAACUUUGCAUGCAUAAUGUUGGAUUAUGCCCAAGAAACUUGAGUCCUAAGAACAGUUUUCUAGGAAAGAAGUGGAGAAGCUGAAUGCUGAAAGCUAGUCCCUUGCAGUUUCUCCCUGGUCCAUAAUUAAGUCACCACAUAUUUUAAGUCUAUAUAAUACUUGUGAAAGGGUGUCAGCAUUAGCAUCUGGUUUAAGAUGUGGGUAGAAAGCCAUGGUGAAUCGGAAGCCUUCCUUAAUAGUGCAAUAGAAAACAAAAGUAUGUACAGAAUCGGUAAAAUGUGCUGCCCCUCAUCCCUGAUCUCAA